AUGGGAAAACGAAGCAAGUCAUCGCGCGGACCUGCAAAAAAGCAGCGUCAAGUUCUCGCAACUGCAUUCAAAUGCGUCUUCUGCAGCCACGAGACGGGCGUGACGGUCAAGCUUGACCGAAAAUCAAACGUGGGAAACCUGAGCUGCAAAUCUUGUGGACAGACGUUCCAAGGGCCCAUCAACAAUCUUUCAGCACCUGUCGACGUCUAUGCAGAAUGGAUUGACGCCUGCGACGCGUUGGCUCACGAUACCGCAGCAGCUGCUGCACCACCAGCGUCCUCACAACACUUACAAUCGCGUUUACCUACGCAGAGUGCAGGCCGUGCAGGCCUUGCGCCGGGAGAAAAGUACGAUACGGGAGAUGGCUUCAUCGAUGAUGACGAUGCGGAUGGCGAGGCCGACUACAACGAUGAUGAUGAUUGA